CUCCAUAACGUCCAUCCUUGGGCGACAUGCCCAAUCCACGCGUCCUAUACCACUGUCCCUGCGCACUAGGCCUAGCUCCCUCCGCCAACGCAGGCUCCACGACCUCCAGCAGCAGCGCAACUCCCCUUCUCCCUUCGCAACUCGCCGCCUCCUCCUACUCCUUCCACCCGCUCCCGCUCCUCCACUUCUGCUCCGACUGCCUCACUCCACGCUGCUCGCUUUGCGCCACGCAGGAGGUCAUCACGCACUACUGUCCCGCCUGCCUCUUCGAGGUCCCCUCCGCCUCGGUGAAAGCUGAGCGGAAUCGAUGUCCAAGGAACUGUUUUCUCUGCCCGCAGCGAGGAUGCGGAGCGUAUCUCAGCGUGGUGGCCAGCGACCCUGCCGCUACGGGGAUGGGGAGGCUGGAGGCGCCGGAGAGUAGCGUGGGAAGACCGCCCUACUUUCUCAGCUGUGCAAGAUGCAAGUGGGACUCGCGAGCACAAGGGCAGGUGUUCGAGAAGCCCACGGGCGUGAGCGCACAACUGGAAGCGCAACGAGGUCCCCACCCGCUGCAAGAGGAGAUGGAUCGUCUACGCUCUCACUUCGAGUCUUUCCUGCGCAAACAGCAGCAGCCGCAAGGCACCGCCACGACUCUCCCCCCGAGCGCGAGCAGCCGCAAGCUUGUCCGAGACAUCCCAGGACUAGGCGAUCCCGCGACAUCCAAGUAUCUGGCCGGCUCGCGACGAGGAGGUGGCGCCGCGCUGGGAUUGAGCGGCCCACUCCCUCCAGCGGCGACGGAGGACCUGCCCGCGUAUCGCAGCGAAGGCGCGGCCCUCUCACGCCAAGUCGAGCAAGAAGCGCUGGCCCGUCACGCUGGCCCAUCCUUGUCACCUGGCCUUCACUCCACCGCAACACCAGCUCGCGUCCCCCUCACCACAAAGAAAACGCUACGCUGCCCGACGUGCAGGCACAUCCUGAUCAAGCCGGACCCGAAGGCUACCAGCCACAGGUGGAAGAUCAAGCUCAGCGCGCUCAACUAUCUGCCCGAGGUCGGGUGCAGCUUUAGAGGAGCGAGACACGGCGCGGGCGCGGGCGUGGGCGCGGGAAUGGAGCACUUGGCUCGCGGUGGGGAGUACGAGUACGAGCUGGCCGUGCGUAACCCGCUCGAGGAGGCCAUUCGAGUGCGUCUGACCACCGGCGGAGGCGGCGGGCAUGGUGCAGUCGCACAGGGGUGGAACGCCCGUCUCUCCACCUCGCGCUUCACCGUCAAGCCCUUCGACGACGUCGUCGACGUAAUCGACUCGGACCUACUCGGGCUGGGCCGCGGCGACGAGGAGGACGACGAGGCGGGAUUUGAGGACGUCGAGGACAUAGAGGAGGGGCAGGACAACGCGGGAGACGGGAAGCAGCAGCAGCAGCAGCAGGCCGGCUCGCGCGGGGUCAUCAGGCGCAAAGGAAACGAAACAGUCGUGGCCUUGCGACUCAGUGUGGGGGCUCAGGCGAGCGGCGAAGUGGAAGUGCCCCUGCGCGUCACGUUCUCGUACCGGGUCGAGCCUGGCCAGUCGGAGGAGCCAGGAGAGGGGCAGGCCGAUGAGAAGGGAACGCGCUCUCUCUCCUUUUGGAUUGCGCUGCGGCUGGGCAAGGUUGCGGAGCACGAGGCGAGAGGAGCAGGCAAGAGAGCGGGAGAGGGAGAGAAGGACGAGGAGAGGGAGCGCGAGGAGGACAAGGAGCAACGACUGGCACGCUUGAGGAAGAGACGCAGCGAGAUGACGCUUAUGAAUGCUCCGCCGAAGGUGGUUUGAGGCUGCAGCGGCGGCGUGAGGCCGCCCGCGCCCUCCUACCAGAUGUAGAUGCCACAAUCCCACCAUACCCUGUCCGCAU